GAUGCUCGCAGCUGGAGAAAUGUUAUUCUUUGUGCCCAGUUGCCAGCCCAAGGAACACGACAGCUUUCCUAGAUCUCCAGGCUGGAAUUGGAGCUGACUGCAAGGUCUUCCAACUAAAACAGGCAAGAUUGGCCAAGUCGUGAUCGCUACUUUUGGAGUCUUUAUUGUAGACUUGGAAGAGUUGGUCAGCUGGAGAAUCCAACCAAAACAGCCCGUGCCAGCUGGAUGGAGACUGGGAAGGUGUGUCUGCCUAAAAAGGAUCUCAUGCAGCAGCACCACCACCACCUGAAGUGCAGACAAGAGAAGACACUCUCGCCUCCCUUGGCGUACCUGGCUUUCUCCUUAGAGCUGUUGCUUCUGGCUUGGCCCUCCCAUGCCAACCCUGUGCCCACUCCUGCUGAUGAAAGUGGAGAGGUUGUGGAGUGGCUGACUCAGUAUGGGUACCUUCCUCCAGCUGAUCCAGUGACAGGCCAGCUGCAGACCUGGGAGGCUGUGACAAGUGCCAUCCGCAUCAUGCAGCGCUUUGCAGGAAUUGCAGAGACUGGGGUCCCAGAUGAUGCCACGUUGGCCAUGAUCCGAAUGCCUCGGUGUUCACUGCCUGAUGUUAUCACCCCGUUCCCAGAAAAACUCCCUUUGAGGAAAAGUGGGAAGAGAAAAAAGCGGAAGAGAAGGAAGAGUCGGAAUAGGAGGAACGCCGGCUCUGUUUGGACUAAGAGGAACAUCACCUGGAGGGUGAAGACCUACCCAAGGGAAUCCCGUCUUAGCAGAGAAACCAUGCGCACAUUGAUGUAUUAUGCUCUAAAGGUUUGGAGUGAAGCCACACCCUUGAACUUCCAUGAGGUGGGCGGCCACAGUGUUGACAUCUCAGUGGAGUUUCUCCGGCUCGACCACCGUGAUGGUUACCCUUUUGAUGGGCCAGGCGGAAUGGUGGCCCAUGCCUUCUUUCCUGGAGAUCCCCAAAGGGCUGGUAAUGUUCACUUUGAUGGCGACGAGGACUGGACCUUCCGCUCUCCAGACGAUUUGGGUACUGACCUUUUUGCUGUGGCUGUCCAUGAAUUUGGCCACAGUCUUGGCCUAGCGCAUUCGUCUUCUAAACAUUCAAUUAUGCGCCCCUAUUACCAGGGACCAGUGGGAGACCCUCUGCAGUAUGAGCUGCAUGUGGACGACGGCGAUGAGAUCCAGAAGCUUUAUGGAAGUAGAGUUCUUCAUUCUACAGAGAAGCCAGAAGUAAUUUCACUGCUCCCAGAUCUUCUCUCCUUGCCAAAUGACUUUCCUGCCCUCAGAUCAGGAAAGGAAUUCCCAGACCGCUGCGCCUCCAGUGUUGAUGCUGUGGCUCAGAUCAGAGGGGAAACGUUCUUCUUCAAAGGUCAGUAUUUUUGGCGUCUGACCCAAAGUCGACACCUGACCUCUUUACGCCCGGCCUUGAUCACUGGAUUCUGGCGAGGCCUCCCUCCCACCCUCCGCAAAGUAGACGCUGUUUAUGAGAGGCACACAGAUCACCGCAUCCUCUUCUUCAGUGGGCCUCUGUACUGGGUCUUCAAGGACAACGGUGUGGAAGAGGGCUAUCCUCGGCCUGUCACAGACUUUGGGCUGCCUCAGGGAGGCAUUGACGGUGCCUUUUCGUGGCCUUUGGACAGGAAAACUUAUUUCUUCAAGGGAGGUCUCCACUGGAGCUAUGAUGAAGCCAGAGGGCACAUAGAAGAAGGCCCUUCCAUCCACAGGAUGCCCUGGGAGCAGCUCCCUGACUCUGCUGAUGCUGUGCUGAGUGAAAACGAUGGAACACUGUAUGUCUUUAAGGACAAGGAUUACUGGAAGUUUGACCAGCACAACCUCAAACCCCAGACAGGAUAUCCUCGAUCCAUAGCUAAGGACUGGCUGGAUUGCACAGGCGAAACCUAUCCUCCCAGAAGCAUGCCCACCAGCCCUACAUCGGGUGCAGAAGAACUUCAGCCUGACUUGCGGGGUCCCCAGCUGGAGAUUGAGCGCUGCGUGUGCUUUUGUUCUGCCUGUCAAGUACUCUCUUCAACCCUGCUCAGCUGUUUACCUGUCCUUCUCCUGACCCUACGUGGAUUUCUUUAGGAAGGACAAGAAAUGUUUUCAGAAGUUUGCUUUUCAAGCACAGUUUAGGGUACCAGUUGAAGCAGCCAUGUUGUGCAUUUGUGACUGGGACAGGAAGAAAAAGAGAAAUCUCCCAGUUAAAUGAGAUGUGUGGUAAUGAACGCCUCGGAUGCAGGCUGCGGCUGCAGUCCGACACAGGUCAUAGCGAGGCUCUGUGCCUGUUGAGGGCACAUUCUUCAAAAAGCAGUGUUUGGAUACCGAUGAAAUUGAAUAGGAAACGGGGGUCCAAAAAGAGUCAGGACAUCCCUUCACAAUACAAAAAGUUUUGUAGGAUCUAUGAGCAUCCUGUUAAGGUAGGAAAUCUUAUUCCUUCUAAGGGAUAAAUUCAGUGUUAGAGAAGUUCAUCGGGGACUGCAUUCCACUUGUGGGUGGGGCGAAAAUACACCAUAUUUUUGCUUCAGGCUCUUACUGCCAGUAAUUAAGCCUUUCAACCUUUCAGUGGGGUGGAGUGGGGCCACGUCUUGUACAAAAGCUGAGCAACCCCCCAAAUAACGGUGCCAUGAGGAUACGACCAUCAGAGGAACCUCAAAGGACUGAACUGGGCCAUGAGAAGAACUGGAUUUCGCCUCUGGACCACCUGAGGUCUCUCACUGCUGCUGACCUUUUUGUUUCCAAGAGCUUAAAGAUUACCUUUUCCCAUCCAUCCUUUCUUUGGAGAGU